UUUUUUUAAUUUAUUUUUUUCAAUUUUCAUGUCGGUUUAUCUAUAUCCUCUUAGUUGCUGAACUUUUUCAACCUUGGCUGAACUUUAAUUUAUUCAGUUUUUUUUUUGUCUUGAAGUUGAGCUUGUUAGUUGAGGUAGAAGAAGUGUAUCUGAGUUUUUUCUGCUUUUUUGGUGAUAAACGGUGUUUAUUCAGCUGGUUAGUGUUGUUUUGUAAUCUGGUUCCUGUUUAGUUUGAGGUAAAAAUCACUUGGUUGUGAGUGGUGAUCGUUGAGCAGUGGUGAUCAAGGUUGUUUUUUUUCUGUUAAUUUGGGGAUAAACGUUCUUUGUUCAGCUGGUUUUUGUCAUUUUAUCAUCUGGGUCUUGUUUAGUUUGAGGUAAAAAUCACUUGGUUUUGAGUUGUGAUCGUUGAGCUGUGGUUGGUCAAGUUGUUUUUUUUCCUGUUAAUUUGGGGAUAAACUUUCUUUGUUCAGCUGGUUUUUGUCAUUUUAUCAUCUGGGUCUUGUUUUGUUUGAGGUAAAAAUCACUUGGUUGUGAGUUGUGAUCGUUGAACGGUGGUUGAUCAAAGAGUUUUUUUUCUUUUUGAUUUAACUUAAGUUGUGCUUACUAGCAGAAGUAGAAGUUUCUCUGGAUUUUUCGGUUAAUUUUGGGAAAAAGGUUCUUUAAUCAGCUGAUUGUUGAGAAAGGGUGAUCAAGGUGGUCUUUAAGUUGAUACAAUGGUGAUUAUAAGUGAUAAUAAAGUGAGUGAUCACAAGGUUCAAGAAACUAGAGAGAUGAGUGGGCAAAAUCAAACCCCAGAAAGGGUCUCAUCAGAGACCAACCAGAAAACUUGUGCUGAUUGUGGAACCACAAAAACUCCUCUUUGGAGAGGUGGUCCUGCUGGACCUAAGUCAUUGUGUAAUGCUUGUGGAAUAAGGAGCAGGAAGAAGAGAAGAGCUCUUCUGGGAUUGAACAAAGACGACAAGAAAUCAAAGAAAUCUUCAAAUAAGAUCAUUGUUAAUCGUCAUCAUCAGAACCAGAGUAGCAAUAGCAGUAGCAGUACAAGCAGCAGUGGAGAAAGUACGACGAGUAAUGCCGUAGUGAAGAAUGAAUGCAUUCCAUUUAAGAAGAGGUUACAGCAUUUUGGUCGAGAAGUUGGAUUGCAAAGACCAGGAUCAAACUCUACACAUAGAAGAAAGUUGGGUGAAGAAGAACAAGCAGCAUUCUUGUUGAUGGCUCUGUCUUGUGGUUCUGUUUAUGCUUAGUAUAGAGUUAAGAGGGGUAGGUGUAUGAGUAGAAUCUAGAAUGAUAAAAAAAGAGCUUAAUCAUUUUGAGAGCUCAUAAGAAUGUUGAAUUGAGGAUUGUCUUGUAGUUUAAAUUUAAUUAAAUUUAUUUUCAUCUAAGUUGAGUUCA